AUGAGUGUCCAGCAGGUUGUCACUUACCCGACCUAUCUAUUAUUAAUAUUACUAUUAAUUGUUAAGUUCCUCAUUCUCCCCUCCCUACUUUUAGAAUUUUCUUUCUUUCUUUAUUUCUUUCUUUCUUUCUUUCUUUCUUUCUUUCUUUUGUAUCUUCUAUUCAUUUUCUUUCUUUCUUUCUUUCUUUCAUUCUUUCUUUCUUUCAUUCUUUCUUUCUUUCUUUCUUUCUUUCUUUCUUUCUUUCAUUCUUUCUUUCUUUCUUUCUUUCUUUUGUAUCUUCUAUUCAUUUUCUUUCUUUAUUUCAUUCUUUGUUUUUUUCUUACCGUUUCUCUUUUUACCGUUCCUUUCUUUUUCUUUUUUUCGUUCUUCUGCAAUUUCAUUUCAUUUUCUUUAUUUCUUUAUGUCCUUCUUUCUUUCCAUCACCAUUUUCACUUUCCAAUGCCUUUACAUUUUCCUUUCCUCUUUCUUCUCCAUUCACCAUUUUAUUUUUUUAUUUUUUUCUUUCUUUCUUUCUUUCUUUCUUUCUUUUUUCUUUCUUUCUUUUCACUUUUUUCUUUCUUUCUUUCUUUCUUUCUUUCUUUCUUUCUUUCUUUCGUUUUACGGUAUAUAACACUUUUUUUCUUUCUUUCUUUCUUUCUUUCUUUCUUUCUUUCUUUCUUUCUUUCUUUCUUUCUUUCUUUCGUUUUGAACCAUCAACCAAACGAUGUUAGUUUUUGUACUCUGACGUGUUUAUAUCUAUCUCAGCCUGAUCAUAUCUAUUGA